CCGGACAAGUUGGUGUUGAAGAAGAAAGAUGCAGCGCCAGCGUUAAACAGCAGCAACGCAGAUGUUUGAUAUUUUUUACAUGCGAAACUAAACAAAGCGGAGACAUUUGUUUAUCUCGCCUUCUCUGGAACAUUGUGCUGCUGGCAUUGUGGCCGUUGUAGUGUUUCCUUGGCAACGCGAGUUGGACAAAGUUAGGAGCAAGUGUUUUCCCCUCCGCUGGAAAGAAAGUGGACCUUCUCCCGCUGGGACCAACACAAGCGAGUUCGUGGCGUUUUGGACGUUGUUCGGAUCGUUUUGAGUCGUGGAUAUCCAUUUGUGGUUCUCCACUCGGUGAAGGUUUUCCAGCAUGCAUGGUGGGAAGCGGAACAGCGCGAGACAAUAGUGAGGAAAAGGGGGGAGUCGAUGCCUCGCGGCGCUUUGUCCUGUCCUGGUGAGACCGUCGCGAGGCCCCGACGUCAUCGUUCGAUUCUUUCCUGGAUUGAUGAUUGAUUCGUAACUAAUACGCGGACCUGGAACUGGUUCCAGCAGCUAUGGAUGUGACCCUGUCCGAGCUCUUGGCCUCUUUCCUGGAGUCUCCCCUGGUGGUCUGGGUGCGGACACUGGGGCCUCUAGGUCCAUCAUGUGACAAUGCGGGCCCAGAGGAGCGGGUCAGCAUGUUCAUGGAGCUGGUGGAUGGCGUGUUCCUGCACAAGAUCAUGACACAGAUUGACCCCAGCCAGGCCAACCAAAGGCUGAACAAGAAUGUCAACAAUGACGCCGCGCUUCGCCUUCACAACCUCACGGUCCUCCUCAGACAUAUCAGGGUCUAUUAUCUGGAGACUCUGCAACAGUUAAUAGUCAUGCCUCUUCCAAACAUCCUGUGCAUUGCUCGGGACCCAAUAUCAGCAACAAGCAUGGAGGAAUUGAAAAGGCUUUUGUUGUUGAUUCUCGGCUGUGCUGUCCAGUGUGAGCGCAAGGAGGAGAUGAUAGAGAAGAUCAAGCUGCUGGACAUUGAGAUCCAGGCAGCCAUCGUGUCGAACAUCCAAGAGGUGACCCACAACCAGCUGAAUGUUCUGGACCUCUCCUGGCUCGAUGAAAAACCAGGACUGGCUCAAGAAGAGCUGGAGCCUUUGUCACGCAGCAUGGCCACGUCCUUGCGGCAGCUUAUUGACCAGAGAGACAAGGCCAGCGAGGUGAUAGUGGAUUUGACACAAGAGCGCGACUAUCUCUCCAGUCUGCAUCCCCAGGAUGGAAGAAUGAACAACCAGGAGCAAAGAAAUAUCUCCAUAAAUAACGGGAUCCUAAACGGACCCAAGCUGACCAAAGAGGAGAAACAACACCUGUCUGUGGAGCUGGCAGACACCAAGGCCAAGCUGCGCCGAUACCGACAAGAACUGGAAGAGAAGAUCGAGCAGCUGAUGGAUUCCAAACAUGAGUCAGAGCGCCUUGAUCAGGAACUGCAGCGUUUAAGACAAGAGAACCAGGCACUGUCUUGUGAGGCACGCUCUGUCCGAGUAUACCGAGAUGAAGUGGACUCAUUGAGAGAAAAGGCCUCGCGUGUUGACCGGCUGGAGACUGAACUGACCAGAUGUAAAGAUAAACUCAACGAUGUCCACUUCUAUAAGACCAGAGUUGAGGAGCUUCGUGAGGACAACUUGACUCUAAUGGAGACAAAGGUCCUGUUGGAGGAGCAACUGUCGGCCUCCAGGGGGCGCUGCGAUAAACUGCACACACUGGAAAAGGAUAACCUGCUUCUGAGAGCAAAAAUACAGGACCUGGAAAUGGAAAGAGACAGUGAACGUCAGAGGCUUGAGGAGCUGGUGGAGGAGAACAUGCUGUUGGAGAUAGGACACAAACAGAGCAUGAAUGAAUCUGCACAUCUUGGCUGGGAGCUCGAACAGUUGUCCAAAAAUCAUGACAUCUCAAACUCUGGAACUCAAAAGUCCCUGGUCCAUGAGCUAAACGAGUGUGUUUCCAGCCGAGUGCUCAAGUUGGAAAAGGAAAACCGGGAGCUACAGUCUUCAAAUGAGGGUCUGAAAGAGGAAAAUCACAAACUUCAGGAGCAGCAGCUUCGUACGCAUGAGUUGGAAAGAGAGAAACAGGGCUUCAUCAAGAAGUUGGAACACCUACAAGGCCUACUGAACCAGGAGAGACAAACCAUGCAGGACAUGGAAUCUCUUGGAGAGGACCUUCUAAAAGAAAAACAGAUUCUGGAAAGAGAGCUGCAGACGCUGAGGGCUGAAAAGGACAAACAGAUUUCCACGUUGGAGAGUGAAAAGUCGCACCUUUCCGAGGCAGUGAUGUCACUACGUGAGCGUGCACAAUCUAACAGUGAGGCAAGGGUCCGUGAGGUGGAGGCAGAGAAUCUAAUCCUCCACCAGAACGUGACUGAAACCAGCUCACGACUGGCCAGUCUCGAGACUCAGCUCAAGCUGUCUAAUGAAGAGACCGAAAAGUUGAGAGAGCGGGCAGGAAGGUGUGAGGAAGCAGAGAGGGAGGUGGCCAGGCUUGAAAGGAAUAGGGAGGCUCUCAACAGAGAGGUGGAAUCGCUGCGUACUUGCAACGAGAGGACAGACAGUUUAGAGAAGCAACUAUCGUCGCUGGAGCAGGAGGUGCACAGAUUGAAGCGGGAGGCAGAGGUGGCUGAGGAGAGUCUCCACAAGCAGGAAACUGAAAGGGAACAACUGUCAAAAGAAAACUUGGAGCUCCGCUGCUCCUUGGAGUCCCAGCGCUCUCUGGCCGCCCGCUUAACAAGCCAGCAGGAGGAGUACAAGGAGCUUCAACGGGAGAUGCAAGAGAUGGAGAGACGGCUUGAAGUGGUGAAGGAGGAAGCUCAGGGAGAGAGGAGGAGGGUGGAGAGGAUGGAAGUAAAUGCUGCUGCUCUAAACCAGGAGAAGCAGCAGUUGGAGAAGGAGAUGGAGAGAAGCAAGAGGGAGCAAGUUGAGAUGGAGGAGGAAAGGCAGGAGAUGCAAAGUAGAGUGGAAGAACUGAAAAAAGUGAAGGAGGAACUAAGUGAGGAGCGGCACAGGAGAGAAGAAGUUGAGUGCGAGAGGAAGAAGCUACAGCUGGAGCUGAAUCAGUCUGAGAAUGGUCGGAAGCACAUGGAGAAGGAAAGCUGGAAGAUCAGAACUUUGCUGGAAGGAAAAGAGACCGAGGUGGAGGAGAAGAUCUCACAGCUGACUGUUGUAAAGAAGGAAGUCAUGACUUUGAAUAAAGAGGCAGAGAGACUCAGGGAUGUGGCAGUCAAAGCAAAACAGUUGGAGAGGGACAACAAGGAGCUUCAGAAACAAGCCACCAUCGACAAGAGAACUCUGGUGACAUUAAGAGAGGAUCUGGUGUCUGCAAAGUUAACCGUUCAGCAGCAGAGUGUGGAGCUGGAAAGACUCAAUGAAGAACUGGAGAAGGUCGGGUUGAACAAGGAGAAGCUGCUGCAGCAGGAACACACACUGGAAGACAGCAAGUACCGGCUGCUGGAGUCCAGACUGGAGGAGACGGUCCAGAAGACAAUGAAGGUUAAGGAGGAGAAAAUAUCCAGCCUGGAGAGGAAACUUGAGGAGAGCAAAGCAAACAACGAUGCGCUGCUGGCUGAGUUAGCCACUAUGAACCGCAAAGUGGCAGAAGGCCGAGUCAAUCUACAGAAGCAUUUAGGCGACGAUCGAGGACAGGUUUCGGCCACUGCUGAGCUGCUUCGCAUUAAAGACCAUCUCAUUGACUUGGAGAAGAGUAACUCGUCCCUGCAGACUGAGAGGAGUUUGUUGAAGGAACAAUUGAAGCAGUUGGAAAACCAGAACGCUGCUCUCAACGGCCAGAUAGUGUCACUGCAGUGCCACACCACGUCCCUGCAAGAACAGAACUCAGCGUUGCACACGCAGACAGCCAAACUGCAGGUUGAGAGCUCCACGCUGUCCUCAGAGAGCGCUUCUUUAAUGGCCCAGAAUGCCGUGCUGCAGGGACAAGUCACUGCCUUGGAAACAGAGGUGGAGUCGUGGCAGCGGCAGCGCGAAGAGGCGUGGCGUGGGCGUGAGAGCGUGCUCAGUGACCACGAGCGCCUGUUGAACGUUCACGAGCGGCAAGCACACGAGUAUGAGCAGCUCAUCACUCAUCACACUGCACUGAAACGGAAGCAGAGGGCGCUGGAGACUGAGCAUCGAACACUUCACAGCCAAUAUUGCUCUUUGAUGCAGCAGAAAGUUAAAUGGGAGGAAGGUCAGAAGGAGAACGAGGACCUUCAGCAGGAGCAUCAGAAGAAUCGUUUACUACAGCAGGAGAACCUUCAGCUGAAGUCAGAGGUGGACAGGUUGACGCAAAGCCAGUCCCAGCAGGUGGAGCAGCAGGAGGGCUUCCAGCAGCGCAUUAAUGACCUCAAAAGCUCUUUAAGUGCAGCCCAGCUCGAAGUGAGUCGCUGGAUGACUCGAUACGAUACCCUGACGGAGCAACACCAGGGUCUGGACUUGACCAUGACCAAGCUAGACAACCACUGUGAGCUUUUAAGUCGACUCAAAGGAAACCUAGAGGAGGAAAACCACCACCUCCUAAGUCAGAUCAACCUGCUGAGUCAGCAGAAUCACACUUUACUGGAGAGAAGCAUGGAGAGCAAAGAGCACUAUCACCAAGAACAGAAACUCUACAUUGACAAGCUGAAUGCACUUCGUCGCCAGAAAGAGAAACUAGAGGAGAAGAUAAUGGAUCAGUACAAGUUUUACGAACCCACUCCAAAGAAGAGGAGUCAGUGGUCUGGUGCCAAAGCCUUAGCCAAACUCAUCAAACCUCGAAAAGAGAGCAGCAGGGAGAGAGGGGGCGAUGCAGACAAGGAGAAGGCUAAAGAUAAAGAACGGACGAGGAGCGCCCCGGACAUCCCUCUGCCAUCGCCACCCCCACUCCUCCCCCCUGAGACUCCACCCCCAGUGCCAGUCAGAAUGGGCAGCGACUCACAGCAGUCGAAUGGCCACGCCCAGGGUCAACACAGCGUCCAUAGCAGCAGCCCCAGCCUGGGACCCCGAAGUCCAGCUCUGACACCUGUCGGCAGAGGUUUCAAGGAUAAGAACCACAGCAUGUAUCGCAGUAGUACUCCAGGGGGCAGCAGCGAGAGUGUGAACGGAGAGGAUGCGAAAGGACAAACUGCUCUGAGCUCCACCCCGAACCACCAGACGUCCUCAAUGGGACUCAGCAGCAUCUCUGGCUCGAGACAAGCACGGCGACCUAGAGGUUUUUUGUUUGACGAAGACGCUCAUGACUCCGUCUUUGGUCACCAUGGCAACAACGGCGCUCGUCCAGGAUCAGCAGACUACAGUCGCAACACGUCGAGCUCCAACUCGCCUGUUAAUUGCAAAGAUGCGUCCGACUGCCAGAUUCGAUCAGGAAGCCUCUCCAGCGAUGAUGUCAUGGGUCUGACCCAGUCGCAGCUCAACCUCUCACGGAGCGCCACCCUUCCGUAUGACCACGCGCCCCAGAGAGCCCAACCGCAGCGCGGCGGCAUGGUCAAGAGUAAAACCAGGCCUUCCUCUCCUGGAAGUGAGAUGGUGACGCUGGAGCAGUUUCUACAGGAGAGCAAUCUGAAGUCGCCUCCGAUGGUGUCGACGGGAAGCAGAGAGGACUUAACAACUGACUACUUCUCGAGAGGUCCUGUCUCCCCAGCUCCUGCUGGCAGAAACCAAGGCACCCCGACCAGCUACGUCACGCCGACCGUUCAACCUUCGAAUCAGAGACCGGGACAGAGCGUGAAGCCAUCUCCUCGCCAGCCUGUCGGUCAGUCACCAGCGCCUGGGCGGCCGGUCACCCAGAGAGCCAACCAGUCACUGAGUCGGACCUUCAGCCUGGCUUCGGCUGAUCUGCUCCGGUCAAACGGGCCGGACAGCUUCCGCGGACAUGAAGGGUCGCCUAAACAGUCUGAGGUGGUGGUCCGGCGUCAGGGAGGGUUAGCUAAUGGAAGAGAGAGGCCGCUCUCCGCUCGCCUGCCUGGCUCGACCAGUCAGCAUGGAGACGGCAGCUACCUGAACUCUCCCAUCCAUCAUUCCAGCUCUCUCAACCUGCAGGCGGAGCGACCGCCCGGCCGAGAGCCGAACCCCGCCCCGCAGAGCAGCGCCACCUCUCAUCACAGAGGAGAGAUUGCCAUGGUAACACCGGUGAGGGCUGCGCCCUCCACUCGGAUCGACAACGGCAUGGAACACAGCGAGGCGCUACGAGAAGGCAGGUCAGGAGUUCAGUCCCACCUGAAGAGCGAGGGAGAGAGGAGUGGCUCGGUGGAGCGUCCGAAAAGCACACCAGCGUCGCCCGACCCGAACAAUGACCCGCAGACGGUGUGGUACGAGUACGGCUGUGUGUGAGCUGCAUCUGCGGAGAGCCUGAGGGUGUUGCUCCACACUGCAGUGCUCUGGUUCCUGGAGUCCAAGAACACUGACUACUUGAUCAAAAUGUCUAUUUUGUGAGCUGGUCCUGGAGGAUUGUGCUACCCGACUGCAUCAUACUGUCUUCUGUUUGCGAAUCACUGAAGGAACACAACAUUUGACAUUUUCCUGACGCUUAAAUGCUGCAGGAGCAAGUGACUGAAGUGGAAGAACUGGAGCUCAGUCCGUGACCCCUCGAAAUGAAUCCGGAAGUUUGAAUGUAUCACACCUCUCUCCAUCCCUGACGACAAACACUGGAAAUGACCACAGUAGGGUGGACGGAGAGGGCGUGUGGGGGUGGCAGCGGUGAAGAAGCGAGAAGAUCGGGUCGACCUAUAUCGAGAAGUCAACAAAGCGAGAUUGAAGGGCUCCUCCCUGUUAAAUUACAGUCUCUUCCCCAUCUUAGCUUUCUUUCCCAGCAAGCAACACUGUGACACUUUACUGGACCCAACUGCAGGUUCACUCGCGUUCGCGCGUGAAUAUUCUCCGACGCACGGUGUGUCUUACUAACUCUGGGGUUUCACAAGCAGGACGCGUGUAGACCGGUUGACGGCCUUGAGUGUGACUUUUUAAUCCUUACUCACUCAAAUAUGAGGAGAAAAAAGGCAUGAAGCUUCUUUCCAAAAUCAUGCAAAAAUAAGACUGCACUCAUCCAUAAGGAAAUGGUCACAUCAUACAGUGAUUCAAUACAUAUGUUAGGCUGCUUUCGAAAUCUCAAAUUCUAUUUCAAGUGAGGAGAGCAACCGGAAAACUGUCGGCUUUCAGACCCCUCGCCCCCGUGUCCAAGUAACACCAGCGUGUUGCGCCCUCCACCCAAAAGAAUUCAUGAAACAUUGGAGGGAAAACAUGAAGGUGUAAAUAUGAACUUUUUUUAUGCAAUACAUUAAAUUAUUGACCUGCACAUGUUCGACUUUUAUAAAGAUUUGGGAUACCUGCUCGAAAAAAACCUGAUCUACCAAAGUGAAAUGAAACUGUAAAAUUCACUGGAAAUUAUCAACUUUUGUAGUUUUUACGGGUUUAAUACUGUAGUGUGGCGUGUAGUGCGAGUGGAAGUGUGCUGCUGUUGUCAUUGGCUUUGUCAAUCUAUCCCCAAUUUCCUGUUUAAAUUAACACAAGUGUCUGUUUCGGGGGGGGUUAUCUCCUGCAUCCACACACAGCUUCAGAUGAAACAGCACAUGUAUUUUUAGAGCUUUUUCUAACUCUCUCUGGAGCUGCCGGUUGGUUUGGCAGGAUGUGAAACUGCACAUAGUAGAUUCAUGUUUAAAUAACUGACAUUAUCUUCAGCGACUGAAACAACUUUAUUCCUGUGGUUGAUGCCAUGUUUCGUAGGCUGCUAGACUCAGUAGAAACAGGAGGUAAUUCUUUUAAAAAGCUUAAGAAAUAAAAGGUUUUUAAAUAUCGCUUGUGCUGUUUUUCUUUUAUUAAACAGUGAUUUGUUGUUUUUAUUUCAGUCAAAAUUGCUCUGAACGUUCAAUGGAAUUUUUAAAAAUGCUUCUUUUAAAACGAUUUUAUCUUUCAAAUGUUCCGUCAUGACUUGUUGACCAUGAUGUCACUGUCGUUGCUAGAGUUGAUAGGCAGGAGAUCCGAGUGAUGAACAGAGGCACGCUCCGGAGAAGUUGUGUGCGUCAGAGGGUGAGGACUGGAGAGCAAGAGCAAGAGAGAGAGAGAGAGAGAGGGAGCCACCACCACUUUCUUCUUCACGCAGGAGCGCAUCGGAAUUUACGAGGUGAGAUGCUGCAGCUGAGCCUCCGUCUGAAGGUCGAGUGGGAGUUGUGAGCGUG